UGCCUUUAUACGACAUGUCAGGAAAAAAGAAAAAAAAAUUGCUGGACACAUAAAAUCCCGCAUAACUAGUGCCGUAUCCCUAAGCUUUUAUUCCAUGAGAAUAUCCACAAGUAUCAUCCAUAUUAUCGUUGCUGCGUUUAUGAUUAUGAACCGAUUCUUAGAUACACCACCUUACUCACAAAAGACAUCUUACUCACUAGUAUUUCAUUAAUUUCAUCCAACCAGAAUUUUAUUUUAUUUUCUUUGCUUCACUUUCAUACCAUGAGAAAAUUAGCUCAUAGUACCUUCCUUGUAAUUCAUCUUCUCUUCCAUCAUACACUAGUGAUCAUAGUAAUUAAUGGAUCUCAAGUGAGUGGUGACUUGACUGUCAGCAAUAUUCAACAAAUACCAGAAAUACUGUUAUCUCCUCCAUCGAUCUCUUCGGAGAAGAAGAAAAAGAGUUCCUUGGCCUCGACAUUCAAGAUUGCUUUGUUCGCCGAUCUUCAUUACGGGGAGAACGCAUGGACGGAUUGGGGUCCUCAACAAGAUGUGAACUCAGGUAAGGUCAUGUCAACUAUUCUGGAUCAAGAAGUACCAGAUUUUGUAAUUUAUCUUGGAGAUGUGAUUACGGGGAACAAUAUACCUGUUGCCAAUGCGAGUUUAUACUGGGAUCAAGCAAUCUCUCCAACUCGAUCCAGAGGAAUACCAUGGGCUACUAUAUUCGGUAACCACGAUGACGCUCAUUUUGAGUGGCCAAUGGAAUGGUUUUCUUCAACCGGCAUUCCUCAAGUUCAAUGCCUUGAGCACUGUUCAGCGGUUUCAGAAAAAGCAUGCAGCUUCAGAGGUACAACUCGUUUGGAGCUGAUUAAAAAUGAAAUGCAUAAAAACAAGCAGUAUUCAUUAACAAAAAACGGACCUACAAAUCUCUGGCCAAGUGUUUCCAACUAUGUAAUCCAAGUAUCGUCAUUCGAUGGUCGGAAUCAUCAUCCGAUCAGCUAUCUAUAUUUUCUUGAUUCUGGUGGUGGGAGCUAUCCAGAAGUCAUAUCGAGUGCUCAAGCAACAUGGUUUGAGAAUCAAUCAUAUGCUAUAAAUAGUGAUUCAAGGGUUCCUGAGUUAAUCUUUUGGCACAUACCAAGCAAAGCUUAUAAAGAUGUUGCACCAAGAUUCGGCAUUCACAGGCCUUGUGUUGGUUCAAUAAACAAGGAGAGUCUUGCCACUCAAGAAGCUGAGAUGGGUAUCAUGAAUAUGCUUGUAAAUAAACCAUCUGUGAAGGCAGUGUUCGUUGGACACAAUCAUGGACUUGAUUGGUGUUGUCCACAUGAAAAGUUAUGGCUGUGUUUUGCUAGGCACACUGGUUACGGAGGUUAUGGAAAUUGGCCAAGGGGAGCAAGAAUGGUAGAGAUCACUGAAAAACCUUUCUCCAUCAAGUCGUGGAUAAAAAUGGAAGAUGGAAAGAAACAUAGUGAGAUUAUUUUGUCUUGAGUUCAUCUUCCAUUAUCUUUUAACUUAAUUAGUAUUUUGUCGCAUGUACAUACAAAUUUAAAUGAAACAAGUACUUGACAAAGUAUCGUGGUUCCUACUUUUUUCUAUUACACCACAUAAUUUUUAA